AUGGUUUUAACGGCGGCGGUGCGGGGCGAGCCCGAGCUCCUCGCGGGGCUCUCCGCCCCCGGCCUGAGCGUCGGCGCAGUGGCGGCUCUCUCCACCACGCCCCGCGCCCGGCGCUCGCUCACGGGGAUAGCGCGAGAGCUUUGCGACACUACACGGGUGGCCGCGCCCACACUUGAUGGCUGCCCAACCCGCUAUCGUGGCACGGGUCUCACUUAUGUUUUGACUCCGACCACCACUGGAACGUGCAACGUGUAUGCGGCGCCGGCGGCGGCUGUUCACGCUUGGCAUCAAGACACAGUGGUCGUGGCAAAUGCGCCCACAGAGACCCUGACGGUGUCCGCAGAAGCGGGUUCUUUCGAGAAUGUCGUCAUCACCGCUGAGCUCGCAGCGGACAAACUCACGCACGUAAUGGCCCAAUACGGUCGGUCCAUCAUUGUAACGAAUGAUGGGGCGACCCGCUUCACGGGCGGGACGAGCUCCACGUUCAACAUCGACGCUGACGGCAGAUUCGACCUCGGAACCAACACGAUCGAGGGCGCCCAGGAGCAGACCGCCAUCUACGUCGAGGAGGUCUGCGUCAAUACGCUCAACAUCAGGGCGAAGAACGGCGCCAAGGUCAAAGUCAACGUGCCCUCCGGCUGCGACGGCAUGGUCAUGGACGUCGAGAUCUUAGGCUGCGGAGAAUGCGACGUCGGCUCCGUCGUUGAGGUGGUCUCUGCCUCGCGGGUCAAUUUCAAAGGGAUCCAGCUGCUCGAGACCACCAAUACGACGGCCUCCGACUACAACGGGCAGUCGUUCAGGUACACGAGCUCUUUCCCCACGUACAUCGACCACCUGCACCUGUCCACGAUGGGGCUCAAUGCGAAGGUGAGCAUUGAGGCGCCGCUCGAGUACAUAAACUGGUGCCUCCUGCCCGGAAACGACACGGACGGUUACGGCACCGCCAACUUCUACGGCGCGUGGACCAACGGCAAGAACUGCACUACCUACGAUCGGGGCCGGUGGGACCUCUACUCCACCGCCGAAAGCUCCAGCGACAUCCAGAAAGAUUGCGGCGUCAAGAAGGCCGAGUGCGACGCACGGUCUUCCGAGCGGGAUCCGAAUACGAACACCUGCGAGGUUGUGAAAUCUGGCACCGUCACGAAGGAAGGAACAGUGUUCCCGUUCUACACGGCCCCCGCCGCCGAGGCGUACGCCCAGUGCUUCCUCGGCGCCGCCGGCGACGCGGCGACGCGCACCCUCUUGUCCGAGCUCGCCGCGGGCGACACCGUGCUCUCCGACGCGGACACCGCCGCGCGCGUCAUCGUCAACCAGCACAAGAUCGAGGACGGCAAGGCCUCGCUCCUCAUCACGCUCAUGCACGCGCGCGGCUCGCUCGCGCUCACGCCCGACCACGUGCUCGUGCUCGACGGCAAGUUCGUGCCUGCGCGCGAGGCGCACAUCGGCGCGGCCCUCUCCAACGGCGCGGUCAUCGAGGCCAUCUCACACUCGCGCGGCGGCAUCAUCAACCCCAUCACCGACACCGGCAAGAUCCUCGCGGCGGCCGCCACCGGCGAGCCCGUGGUCGCGGCGACGGGCAACGAGUGGCUCGCCGACGUGAUGCUCUCGGCCUACCCGAAGUACACCCUCUCGUACGCGCUCGCGGCCGCCUUCCCCGCCGCGGUGCAGGCCUACUACGACGGCGCGCUCGAGCCGCUCUUCACCGCGGCCGUCCCGCACCUCACUAAGAUCAAGGCCGCCGCGCCGGCGCCGCUCGUCGGCGUCAUUCUCGUGGCGGGCGACGCGGCGCUCGCCGUCGGGUUCGCCGCCUACUCGCUCGGCCUCAAGGGCGUCGCCACCCUCGCCGUGAUCGCGGCGGCGGCUGCGCGCAAGGGCAAGAAGCCGUGA